UUCAAAUCAACUGUUGUACAGAAACCGUCUGGUGGGGUUUUGGACUUGGAGUAAGGCGUUCCGCCGAUGACGACGGUGGGGAGUGAAGGAGUAGCGAUGCAGCCGGAGGAGGAGGAGGAGGAGGAGGAGAACGAGGCAACGAUGGGCGAAGGAAUGGUGAGUGAUGUUGUUUUGGCAGGGGACGCGGAAGAUCGGGGGGCUGUGAGAGAGAAGAUUCGUGGACCGUGGUUGCCUGAGGAGGACGCGAUUUUGACUAAUUUGGUGAAUAAGUUUGGGGCUAGAAAUUGGAGUUUGAUCGCCCGAGGGGUUCCUGGAAGGAGUGGGAAGUCGUGCCGUCUCCGAUGGUGCAAUCAGCUCGAUCCUAGCGUUAAGCGGAAGCCAUUUACUGAUGAAGAAGAUCAGAUAAUUAUUAGGGCACAUGAAGUACAUGGAAACAAAUGGGCAUCGAUUGCGAAGCUCCUCCCCGGAAGAACAGAUAAUGCGAUAAAAAACCACUGGAAUUCUACUUUAAGGCGCAAAUGUGCUCAUAUUAUGAGGUCGAAAUCAGCACUGUCUAGCGGCAAUGCCAACACAAUGAAUGCAGGUUGCGAAGAUAGCAUAUCUGGUGCCGUUAUGAAUUCAUUCGAGUCCUCAGAGGGAAUGAACUUAAGGUCAGUGCUGAAUCAACCAAUCAAAUAUAUGGACAAGGUCGAGACUGCUGCCAACUGUUUUAUCCAACCACCACUGCCGCCGCCAAUCAUGCCAGCUGGAGCAGACACGUCAUCCAGAUCUUUUGAGGCCGUUAUGCAGAGGCCCACGACGAAUCAGCCAAAGCAGUUUGAAGGAGACAAAACUCAAAUGACGCAAGAUCUAAUUCCUGCUGAAACAAAUCGUACUGAAGCAGAUGGACUGCAUCCUGCUCCUAUACAUCAACCUAAUCCGAAAAUUGGUGGCUUCACUGUCUACAAUUCUCCUAGCCAUGGACGAGCGUUAAUCUCAGGUCUUGUCCCGAUGCAGGGACCAUUGUGUGUCCACCAUGUUUCCAAACAGGAUUCGAAACUUGUUGAUGCUGGGCAUGUGAUUCCAUCGCAGUGCGGCCAUGGUUGCUGUGACGGUUCAACAGGAGGUUCUUCGACCCUGUCAUUGCUGGGCCCGGAAUUUGUGGAAUACGAAGAGCUGAGCUGUACUAGUCCUAAUUUAAGUGGGGAGUUGGAUGCGCUCACAGCAGAUUUAUACAGUAUUGCGUGUAUAAGAAGAGGUCUAGCGGACGAACAGAUAACAUCUGAUGGUUUGUUUGUAAGCGCAAGAGAGAAGAUGAAACUGUUUGAGGUUGAGGGGAAUGGAUCAUCGUUAUCGUCAUCCUCGAUGACAUUGAGAGCUGAGGUAGAAGGUUUAGGCUGCUGAUGGAGAUAUUGGAGAUAUACAUAUAUAUAUAUAUGUGAAGGGUAUUUAUUGUAUUGUUUUGUUUUGAGUUCUAUUCCCUAAAACCAUUCUUAAUGAGUUGUGAAAAUUACUUGCUUGUGUUUUGCAAUGGUGGGUGGCAAUGACAUGCAUACAUAUAUACAUGGA